UUCAGUGCGGCCAUGAACAUGCUGCGACCAGAGAGGGACACACAGCACCGACAGGUGCUGGUUUUCCUGCUUUUCCUGUGUGUAAACGACUAUCUGUCAGCACUCCUGUGUCCUCAGGAGAAAAACAAUCAAACAGCCAGGAGUUUAUGCACAGACCUUCUAUCUGUGCUGGUGGACUCUGCUGAUUGGCUGCUCAUCUUUAAGCCAAACGAACAAGGUGUUUAUCAGUCAGUUACCAUGGUGAUAUCAGAUGAGUUUACCCGACUGAUGCCUUGGGCUUUCUACAGCCUGCUGCUCCAGCAGAGUACUGAGCUGCUGCACAGAGCUGUGCGUUGUCCAGGGUUCCUUCAUACUGCUGUCCUCUGCUACAUCCGUCUGCUGCAGCUGUUCCUGGAGGGGGACACACCUACACCAGCCGUCGAACCCCCUGAAGAGCAGGUGACUGAGCCUCAGUUGGCGCCUUCUCAGAUUCUGAAGCACACCAAGCAGUUUCUUCUGAGAGUGAUCUCACAAAUGUCUCCUGCUGCUCUGUCCUCCAGCCAACUCAGACAGCUGGAGUCCCAGUGUGCAGACCUGGACCCAGAGGUGGCAGCGGCUCUCUCUGUGCACCUCAACCCUCAGAACUCGAGCCCAGAGAUGGACUUCCUCUGAACAGCUGAGGACU